CUAGUACGCUGUGUGGGAGCUGUGUUGAGGCCAGACUCCACAGCCAAAGUCCCAUUGAGUCCCCGUGAGCCUGAUGUUGUCCCUAGUAUGCUGUGUGGGAGCUGUGUUGAGGCCAGACUCCACAGCCAGAGUCCCAUUGAGUCCCCGUGAGCCGGAUGUUGUCCCUAGUACGCUGGGUUGAGGCCAGACUCCACAGCCAAAGUCCGUUGAGUCCCCGUGAGCCAAUGUUGUCCCUAGAAAGCUGUGUGGGGGUUGUGCUGAGGUCAGACCCCAUCGCCAAGGCCCCGUGGAGUCCCCGUGAGCCCGCUUACCGUGGGUGUCCCUACAAGCCGCAUUUUGCGGAGUGCCAUGAAUGGUCCUAAUUGAGUGUCUUUCAUAGUUCAAUAAAGCUUGGUGUCUUCCCCA